CCUUCGUCUUGUGCUUCAGGUUCGUGUGCGGCAACUGCGGCCACAUGAACAUGUCGAUGGCCAACAUGAAGCGCCACCACGAGAUGAUGCAUAAGGUGGCCCGACUACCCGAGGCCAUCGUUUCGCUGACUCCCGACUCGGCGCAGGAAGAGUGGAUUGAGGCGGUGCUGGACCACCAGGAGCGGCAGAUCGAGGGCAGGCCGCCCGCCGACGAGGAGCCCAAACAGGAGAAGCAAGAGGCCGGGCCCGAACCUAAGCCCGAUGAAGCGGCGCCGCCGACAGCAGAGCCGGAGCCGGUUCCGCAGACGGCGGCUGAGGAAGAGCCGAACUCUGAGGCCGAGGCGUCACCGAGGCGGGUGGUGCCUCCGCCCGCGGCAGCGGCCGAGUCGCCGUCGGCGCCCAUCUACAAGUGCGGCUUCUGCGACGAGCACGGCACAAUUCCGCAGCUGCGCGGUCACUGGAAGGCACAGCACAGCAACCAGCGGUUCAAAAUCAUCAAACAGAUGCAGCGGUACGCCUGCAACCAUUGUCCGUUCAUGACGGCCAAGCUGCCCCUGCUCCGCGCCCAUCUGACAAACGUGCACCCAGGUGCGCCUAUUACUGACUUCACGACACGUGCGCACGAUCGCCAGGUCCGCUACAAGUGCAGAUGGUGCAAGGAGACCCGUUUCGCAACUCGAGCUAUUGGUGAAGCGCACCACGCAGGGAAACAUCCACAGCUGGAGCUCAAGGUGGAAUCGUACACGGCACGUAAAGCGGAGCCCAGCGUCGCGAGUGCGCCACUGUCGUCACACCCGAUCGAGCCACCUCCUGGUGACUCGGAUGCCGGUGAUCUGAGGUCUGAGAGUGCGUCUGUCGUGGACGCCCCAGCGGCGGCGGCCGGGCCGUCGUCGACACCUCCAGCUGCCCCGCCGGGCUCGUACCGGUGUCCCCUGUGCAGCUACACGGGCUCCCGCGUAACCUACGUUGACGCCCAUCUACUAUCGCACUACAAGCGCUACAAGUGUGAGACGUGUGGCUACGUGAACGGCAUGCGCACCGUCGUGUCACGCCACCACGCCCGAAAGCAUCCGGGCGAGCCGGAGCGGGUCGUGCUGCUCGACCACCUGGAGCGCGAGUACCAGCAGAUGAAGCGAUCUGUGCGCGACCAGUCGGGCCCGGCAGCGGCACGCGCCGCCUCGCCGGCCCGCUCUGACAUCACCACCGGCAGCCGCGGCAGUCGCGGCACCAAACGCUCCACCGACGGCGUCAGUCCGGCCAGUAAGAGGCCGCCCGGCCCUGCGUCGGCGACCCGAUCCACCGGCCAGUCUCCCCGCGGUGUGGCGCGUAAGUCGACCGCUGGCGCGCGGCUCAGUCACGCGCGCGUCGGCCGCGACGUGGCGCUGAAAUCGACAGGUGGCGCACGUCGCAUCGCUGCGCCUUACUCCUUCUACGGCACUAAGCCGCCGCCAGUGAGCAGCUUCUCAGAGGUGACCACGCAGCUGACGCUGGGCGGCGCUACGUCGCGUGUCAACGUGCCAACUCUGGCGCAGAUCGUCAGACUGUACCCGCGCUGCUGCGUCGUGGACCUGCGCCAGAAGCCGCUGGCGUUGUGACAGGUCGCCGCGGCGGCUGGGGCGCGGGCACGGGACGACCUGUGACCGUCCCUGUGUUCAGGGUGGGUGUGGGGAGUGUUGGAUCUGACCUGCGGCGCGGGAGGUGUCCGAUAUCGCGUGGUGUGUGAGUUGUCCAGGGUCGGUCCCACGGGUGGUACUGUAACAGCUAGCUGUGACAUUUUGUUAUAUAUCCCAAAAAUCAUAUUCUUCCAUACAUAUAAUGUGUAACCUUCUCAUUACAUUUCGCCUACUGGGACGUCUAC